GCCGGCAUAAUAAUCGGCAACNCCCUCGACAUCGUCAAAGUAAACCUCCAACGAGGAGACCGAGGAGCAGCUCUACUCGCACCUACCACAGCAGCCCCUCCAAUAUCACCACUUCUUCCCUCGCCUUCAACAGCACAAUCAACAAAUGCAGCAAAAUCCCUCUCUACCUUGCUCAAAGGCACCGCAGCCCCGAUCCUCGGUUAUGGCGCUCUGAACGCGUUAAUGUUUAUGACCUACAAUCGCUGCAUGCAGUCUCUACACCAAGACCCUGCUCACCCUUCCUCUCUGUCCAAGACUUGGGUAGCUGGUGCUUUGGGCGGUCUGGCCACUUUCCUCGUCUCUGCGCCCACCGAAUUGAUAAAAUGCAGAGCACAGGUCAGCGGCACCGAAAACAGUUCUUGGGCCAUCGCAAAAGAAUUGUGGAAGGAAAGAGGAUUGAGGGGUUUGUAUUGGGGCGGUGGGGUCACCAGUUUGAGGGAUAGUGUGGGUUAUGGCUUCNUAGUAUGUUUCUUCUCCUUCUCCCUAGUAGGUCAUGGUUUCUGUGACGAUGUUGCUAAACGUAUUCUCAGUUUCUGGUCAUAUGAGUUGAGCAAAAGAGCCUUGAUCUCCGAAAAGACAGAUGCGGAAAAGCCAGAAUGGAUGAUCAUCUUGCUUUGUGGCGGUAUUGCUGGUGUGGUGACUUGGGCUUCCGUGUUUCCAUUAGAUGUUAUAAAAACCAGAGUACAAACCCAAGGCAUCUCCAGAGCUCCAGCUGGGUGGCCUUCAGGAGAGCAGUCUGAACUGCUUGCGGCUCGGGACUUGGGCCGCUUAGGCACCCUACAGAUUGCAAGACAGGCAUAUCGAGAAGAAGGGCUAUCCGUCUUCUUUCGUGGAUUGGGUGUUUGCAGUUUCAGGGCCUUCUUUGUAAACGCCGUACAGUGGGCCGUGUACGAAUGGAUGAUGCACAUUUUACUUCCUUCUAAGGCUGGACCAUACUCAAAUAAACACGAC